AUGGCUGAUCGAGCGACCAGCCCGGAAGACGGUAAAGCCAUGCCACCCGCCGCCACCGGCAGCGACAGAGGAGGCUUGUUCAGGUCAACGCCCUCGCUCCGACCGACCAACGGCGUCUCGAAAGCCGCAAAGGCGCCGAGCCGACAGGUAUCGCAGCAGCCUCAUCCGCCACACGUGGCAUCGCCCGCGUCCCUACCCGAGCCGUCGCCAGCACCAGCGCCUGAACCGCAGCGCAGCCUCACCUCGCCAGAAGCCUUGACAACGGCCGAGGCUCCCUCGACUGUAUCGUCGCGCAAACCCGCGUCCAAUACCGGCAGCAAGAUGCCGCGGACGCCAAAGCCCGAGCAGAAACCUGCCAGGCCAAGCCCUGCGCCGACCCGCACAGAGCCGUCGACCAUCUUCCGUUUCGGUUCCCAGCGCCACAUCCGCGUCAAGUUCCUGCUUCAGAACACCUUUGGCCCCGUCGAGUACCGCGACCUACAGGUGCUCAUUCGCAAGCAUGGCGGCGAGGUCGAGUCCAGGAUGGGCAAGGCCGACCUGAUGGUGGCCAACAUCAACACUCCGAUGGAAGCGGCCAAGCUCAACAGGGAGGCCAAGAGACUCGGCAAGCCGCUGCCCAUGGUGCUUCCGCAGUUCAUCCACGACUGCAUCGAGGCGUGCCAGCUGCUCGAGGUGGAACGGGCCAUCUACGUGCCCGACGAGCAGAUCAAGGCCCGGCUGGCGGCUUCGGCGUUGACGCCCGGUGCGAGGUCCGGCAGCCGUCAUCCAUUUACCGACGAGGAUCGGAGCGCGAUCGUCGAAUACCUCGGCCGCCGCCCGGAGCCGUGGAGCGUCAAUGGCGCUGCCAGGGACCUGGCCAUCGACCGUCCGUCGCACACCAAGCACAGCUGGCUGUCGUACCUUCAGGACAACAUGACGGCCAAGUGGAACAUUCGGCAGCGCGUCUAUGCCUGGCAGGCCGAGAACGGGAUCAAGCAUCCUAAGCCUGCCACGAUGCCGACACGCGGCGGCAGCGUCGCCGAUACGUCCCAGCCUUCUGUCACCAGCGCGCAGUCCGCGCCCGCACCGGCGCAGAAGCCAACAGGCGACUCAUCGGUCUCGGCGGUGAGGCGCGGCGAGACCGCACGCGAGCAAAGAAAAGCCGCAAGACGGGACCAGCUCGACAGCUCCGACGUCGUCGACGAGGAGUCGGAGCCAGUUGGCGGCUGGGCCGAAGCGAAGGCACCGAAGUCUGCGCAGGCGGAGGAGCCGGCCUCCGCCGACCAGCUGGCUCCCUCGAACCUGGCUCCAGAAGCCGCCUCUCGAUCGGACCGAGGCGGGGACGCCGAUCUCGCCGCCGAUGCACCCACGGCCCCCUCAGUGUCACAAUCCGGCGCGGCGUCCGCAUCUCUAACGGAGGCGGCGCCCGCCCUGGGACCGCCUCACGAAGAAGAUUUUCGCGAUCAAGCCGAUUCCUCGAGCGUCGAGGUCGAAGAGGAGCUCGAAUUUCGCCCGCUGCGACCCGCCAAGCCGAAGCAGGUCCAUCAUCCUGCAGCUGGCGAGGUACCAGCUACCUUGCGCCAGGCCGAGCGAGAGGGCCCGUCAGAUACGACGCGCGAUGUAGCUGCGCCAGAGGCGACUUUGACGACUAGCGCUGCUGCCGGACCGGCUCACGAGAGCGCCAACGAAGGCGAGAAUGCGGUCAGCGAGGAGUCAGAGCCUGAGGAUGGCUGGGACAUGCCCGAGUCCCUCAUCAACGAGCUGGAAUCGCCCAAGAAGGAGAAGAAGACGGCGCGGCCAAAAUCAAAGACGCGACCCCGACGCUCCGCAGCCCGCGCAUCCCUGAGCGGCGACUCGAAUGCCGACGAGGGAGAAAGCUAUCCAGCAUCGAGUGCGGAGUCGGAGGUCGACGAGCUCGCCGAUGACAGCCAGAACGCGACGGAUCCAGUCGAGAAUGCCAAAGCGGACCAAGCAGCUGAGCAGGAGCAAGAGGACCUCGACAAGGCGCACGGUCUAGCAGACCAGCAGGCUGCUGACGACGAUCCAAGCUACAUUGCUCGCCACCGGGAGGGAUCAAAGGGUCCCCCGCGCGCUCGCUUCACCACGCCGGAGAAGGCGCUCUUGGUCAACAGAUUGAGCGACCUGCUGUCCUCCCUCGACGCCGACCAGCCCGACGCGGACAUCGACAUGUCCUCCAUCAAGCCGCCGCCCGAGUUCUGGGAGCAGAUGAACCACGACAAGCCGCGCCACUCGGCCGCGUCGUGGUCGAGCCACUUUAACAAGAACGCCGUGCUCUACAUUGACGCCGCACAGACCCAGCGCAUUGUCCAGCAGGAGACGCAGACGGUCCUUGUGGAGGAAGGGGCCGAGGCGGCUCCCCCUGGUGACGCUGACGCGAUUGGCGACGGGGAGGAAGGCGAGUCGAGCGAGAGCGAACUAGGCGCCGACGAAGCGGCCGGAGCAGACCCGGCAUCGCCGCUGAUCGCAAUCUAUCCGGCUCCCGGCUGGACGGACGAGGAAUACAUGGAGGACGAGGAGGACGAGGAGGAUGAGGACGAAGAGGACGAAGAGGACGGAGAGGAGCAGCGCCAGGAUGAACACGAGCAGCGCCAGGAUGAACAGGAGCAGCGCGAGGAGGAACAGGAGCAGCGCGAGGAGGAACAGGAGCAGCGCGAGGAGGAACAGGAGCAGCGCGAGGAGGAACAGGAGCAGCACGAGGAGGAACAGGAGCAGCACGAGGAUGGACAGGACCUGGCACCCGAAGCGGGGACUGGACGUCGCUCCCGCUCCCAGAGCUUCGAUCUGGCCACUUGGCAAGAAAUCGGCGACGCCAUGGCGGCCGAGUUCUUGGAGAUCGCCGAGGACAGCACCGAGGGGGCGGCUCCUGCGGAAUCGGCCGAAGAUGCGGCCGCAGCCAAGCCUGUCGCGGCCCCCGUCACGUCCAACAACACCCGCGAAACGAUCACAAAUGGCGACCACGACAUCGAUCGAUCGUCGCCGUUGCCCGGCUUCCGACCGGCGGUGACCAGCAGCGGGGCCGCCGUCGAGGUCGUCAUCCCGGCGUCGUCGCAACGCCACCGACACGUCGAGACGACCCUGGAAUACUCGCCCGAGGCCACGCCACAAGCCGGAUCGCCCGCGGCAGCUCAUGCUCAAUUGGACCACGGGGAAGAAGAGAACGACAAUGCCCAGAUCGAAGGCACGGCAGAGGCGGAGGAGGGCACCUCAGUCGAUGGUGCGAUACCCAAGGUCUCGGAAACGGCGCCCGGAGCUGUGACGCACGACGUCAACCAGCGGAAGGAGCAUCACGAUGCCAAGGUGGCGGCCAGGGCCGGUGCCUCGCACACAGGAGACGACGACGAAGGUGCACUUGCCUCUCCGAUCCUCGCGGUCGCUGCCGCCGCUGCCGCCGCCAUGUCGCCGGCGCGGAUGCAGACCUCGUCCAUUGCUCCCGGUUAUGGCAACGCCAACGAGGCAGUCGUCGACGCGCUCGACCUGGGAGCGGCAGAGAUUCCCGUGCUCCCUUCUAACCCAACGCUCGACGGCGAGCUCUCAGACUACGAGCAGCCGCUGCAGUACGACGAGGCCGGUCAGAGCGCAGCUGAAGAUCAGCAGCAAAGCAACGACCUGGCCGCUGCGCGUGGUCUCGCCUCUGUAGAGGUCGUCAGCGAGGACGACGACAGCGACGUCGUCUUCCAGAGCUUUCAACAAGGCUCGGAGCCGGAUCUCGAACUGCCGCCCACCAACGAUGAGCGACCGAGAGCUGCCGUCAAGACCACCGCAACGGCCACCUCGGCGGAUGUUCGUGGUCCAGCCUCCGACCUUGCGUUCCGACGACCGGCCAUGCGCAAGCCUGGAGGUCGCGUCGGUGAAGCUCAGACUGCGAGCCCAUCGUUGCAGCAACGUGAUGCUGCACCGAGCAAGGCUGGGGUCCCCUUGCUCGAACGGCAUCGAGACACGACCUUCCACGACUUCACCAUGGACAGCGACGAAGAGGAGCAAGCCCGCGUGCUUGCCCGUCGCACGCCGCGUGCCACGUCGACAAAGAGGUCGAGCAGCGUCCAUGCGACCCGAAAGGUGCCCGACUACCACUCGAGGAGCAUGCUGGAACCCCGCGGCCAGCGCGAGCCUUCUGCGAAUCUGUCCGACGCGAAGCGAAGACGGGUCGAGGAGUGGGCGUCGCGGACCUCGGCCGAGCUCGAUGCAGAGGCAUCGACUGAACUGCUUGCACCCACGCCGACAGCUAAACGCAGCGCGCCUGCCAAGCAACUCGGUGCGCCGUCGACCAACAAGCUGCAGUCGUCGAUGCCGGCAAAGACACGACCGCAGCAUACCCGCUCGACGACGGCAGCCAGCACCUCGAUCCUCGGCUCGCCCCUGCGACGCAGGGCCAGGGAGAGCGUGCCGUCGGCAGUGGCGAGCGGCGAGAGGUCCGAACUCGAGGCGCUCGAGGCCAAGCGCCGGUACACCGAGAGCGUCAAGAAACUGUGCUCCGACUUUGGCCUCAGCGGCCCCGCGCAGGCAGUGCCCUUCAUGAUGCCCAACGGUUGGAGCGUCGCCAAAGCGAGGGAUGCUUUGACCGACAAGGUCCAUUCGAUGGCGGCGACCUACGGCGUCACUGCGCACGACGUCAUCGAGUUUGUGCGCACGGCCGAGGGCAGGUGGGACGAGGCGGAAAAGUUCCUCGCCGUGCUCGCCAGGUCGCCGAGCAAGCCACAGCCGCUUCAGCAGACGACCGACUAUGCAGCCGAUGAUCUGGCCGAAGACGACCACGGCGAGGGUGCCGAGGUCGACCAGGAUCUCGAGAACCUCGAGCAGUCGCAGCGAGGAAGCGAGCUAGACGUUCAAGAAGCUCCGCGGUCGGUCGACCGCCGGAGCGCGUCACUGGGCAAGAGGCGACGCUCUGUCAUUGAGCCAUCCGAGCUCUCGACGCCUCCACGCAGGCGACGGCGCCACACCGUUCUCGUCGACCGGAGCGAUGAAGUCGAGGUCAACGGGGCUGCGUUCGCCAGCGGCGGCGGCAGGCCUCGGAUAGCCCCACGCCACACCAUCGCUGCCACCGAGCUCGGGUCUCGCCGCCUGCCGAGCUCGGCGCCGCGACCUGGACGGACGGGGCCAUCCGAGCGCGUUUCGCGCGGCGAGUAUGCCGUCGCGAGGAGCGCAAGCGCGCGAAGCAUCAGCAGCGGUAGACACGCUCGCGAGGACCUGACGUUCGGGCGCAGGCAGCGACAAGAGCGGGCCGAGAUGUUCGACGGACCCGCAGUCCAUCGCGGCGCGCAGCCUGCGCCCUCAUCGUUGCGCAAGCGUCGCUACGAUGCCGAUCCCGAGCUACAGCAGGACGACUUGCACGACGAACGGACCGAAGACGAAGAGACGGAGGAGGACAUUGCGGAGCCGGGCCGAGACGAGGUGGAAGAUGAUGAGAAUGAGGAGGUCGGCGUCUAUCCACCUCUGCCGCGACCGAGGCGAAGCUCGUCGAUGCGAUCGAGGCAGGAGGCGGAGCUGCGUUUGGCCGAACGGCGGGCUCGAGUGAUGCGAGAGGCCGCGCUGGCCGCCGAGUUGGAGGCCGAAGCCAGCCGCGCCGCCCUGAGGUUGCGCCGCCACCGCGGCUCCAGGCGCCACGCCGGCUGGUCGUCGUCUGAGGCUGACGAUGGCGAUGGCGGCUACGGUUACUACUGA